GGCACCAAGGCCAAUCCCAACCUCCAUCUCCGUGUCAGAUCUCAGGACCGCAUAUGACGUCACCAGUGGGGCACCAUGGACAAUUACAACCUCCGUCUCACUGGCAGAGCCCAAGACCGCAUGUGAACCAACCAGACCAGCGACCAACGAAUGCUUCGAUAGGUCAACACAACGUCAACAAUACCGUGCAUCCGUGCGCCGGAGCUGGGAUGCCACUAGAUCAACCGAACGUGAGAAACGUAGAAGCACCGCGUUGUCAAGAUUUGCAGCAGAAUCAAAAUGGCAUGAUACAACUAGCUAGGGAAUUUACGAGAUGCAGAGAUCCAAAAGGACAUGUCAUCAUCAACUCAAAUAUUUUAUUUUCAUCAUCCAUAGCAAGCCCGGGAUUGGACAUGCAAAGAAAUGGACCAAACAUGCUUGGAAACGGUUUCCUUCAUACUUGGCCUCCCGAAGUCUCUCCAGACCAACCAGCACAAAAUCAUGACAAUCCACAAAUGCACUGCCAACCUCAAGAUAGUAUCAGGCAUCCACAAGGAGAUACUGAUUCCGACGAUGGAAACUUUGAAGAUGCACCCGAGGAGCGAAUGUUGUAGUUCAUGACGUUCAAAAGGAUAAGCAAUAAAUUUAUUAGCAAAUUCUUGCGAAAGAUCGUUGAAGCAGAGGGAGCAUACCAUGGAUUGUAGCUUUGGAGAGUGCCAAUAGGCAAUGUUUAGCUCAACUGCUGUAUCGUACAGCGUACAUGCGACUAGACUAAUCACAUUGCGAAUUAUUUUGACGAAAUAUUAUUGAUUAGUGUGACACUUCUAUU